ACAAUCCUAUUCGGAUAUCAUCUACCACAAUGCUUCGUCUAAUAUCGUCAAGAACCCCUCUAGCGCAGAUCGCAUCUCACAACACCAAGAAAUUAUCAGCUCCGGUUCUCACAACUCUGCCUCGGCUUUAUUCAACCUUUACAGAUGAAUUGGAUCUCGUUGUCAUUGGAGGUGGUCCGGGAGGUUAUGUUGCUGCCAUCAAAGCUGCCCAACUCGGUCUAAAGACUGCGUGUAUCGAAAAGCGUGGCGCUCUCGGCGGCACUUGCUCCAAUGUCGGGUGUAUUCCCUCCAAGGCUAUGCUAAACAAUUCUCAUAUCUACCAUCAAACAAAGCAUGACCUCAAAGCCCGCGGCAUCGAUGUCGGCGAUGUUGUAUUGAACCUCCCGGUCAUGCUAAAAGCCAAAGAUAAAGCUGUCUCAGGCUUGACCAAAGGGAUCGAGUUCCUAUUUAAAAAGAAUAAUGUUGCCUAUCAUAAAGGUGCGGGCAAGUUUUUGAAUCCCCACGAGAUCGAGGUCACAGGUCAAGAUGGCACCGUCAGCACCCUCAAGGCCAAGAAUAUCGUCAUCGCCACUGGAUCUGUCGCCUCCGGCUUCCCUGGAAUCGAGAUCGAUGAGAAACAGAUUGUCACGUCAACGGGUGCGUUGGAGCUACAGCAGGUCCCCAAGAAGAUGCUGGUUAUUGGCGCCGGUGUCAUUGGUCUGGAACUGGGGUCUGUAUGGCAACGUCUUGGUGCUGAGGUCACGGUGGUAGAGUAUCUUGAUGCAAUCGGAGCAGGCAUGGAUAGCGAGAUGGCCAAAGCAUUUCACCGCAUACUUUCGAAGCAAGGGCUCAAGUUCAAACUGGGCACCAAAGUCCUCGAGACCGAGAAACUUGCUAACGGACGUGUUGGUCUCAAGGUUGAGGAAUCCAAGGGCGGCAACGCUGAAACUCUGGAAGCGGAUGUGGUCCUGGUUUCGAUAGGUCGCAAACCAUAUACUGAAGGCCUUGGUCUCGAGAAUGUCAAAAUCCAAGUUGAUAAGCGCGGCCGCAUCCCCAUAGACUCUGAGUACCGCACCUCUGUCGCUAACAUCCGUUGUAUUGGUGAUGUCACCUACGGCGCCAUGCUAGCCCACAAAGCUGAGGAGGAGGGCAUUGCAGUCGCAGAGCUCAUCAAUGGAGAGCACGGUCAUGUCAAUUAUGACACGAUCCCUUCUGUGAUCUACACGCACCCCGAAGUCGCGUGGUGUGGGAAGUCUGAGGACGAGAUCAAGAAGAGCGGGAUCGAGUAUAAUGUUGGCAAGUAUCCGUUCUCAGCCAACCCGCGUGCGCGCACGAAUGGCGAUCAGGAAGGGAUGAUCAAAAUGAUCUCGGAUAAGGAGACAGACCGGAUUCUGGGGGUACAUAUUAUGGGUCCCAAUGCGGGGGAGAUGAUCGCGGAGGCAGUAUUGGCAAUGGAGUAUGGGGCUUCUUCAGAGGAUAUCUCGAGGACUACACAUGCACAUCCGACGUUGGCGGAGGCGUUCAAAGAGGCGGCCAUGGCGACUCACAGUAAACCGCUUCAUAUCUGAAGAUGCAUAUUUUAUUUGUAUCACCAAAAACAUUCUUUAUCUCUAUCUAGCCUUCCAUAAUAAAAGUUUGGGAAUUAAAC